CCAGCGAUGCUGCGCUCGUCCGCCCUGCUGCUGGCGCUGGCCGCCGCCGCCGGCGCCGCCGUCAUCUCGGUGACGCACGACGCCGCCUCGGGCGAGUACACGGUGCAUGCGAAGGAGGCGGACGGCUGGGUGGUGCGCGCCAACUUCACCGACGAGCAGAACAGCACCGGCUGGGCGCGACUGGAGCUGGAGGGCCGGCCCAAUGAUGCGGCGCCCGACAGCGUCGUUGCGUUUGCCGCCGGCCUCGCCGAGGCGCACGCCUCCAGCGAGAUGAUCGCCGACUUCAUCUACAACGCGGUGGACAGCAUGUGCGCCAAACCGGGCGCGGCGGCCAAGUGCGAAGCCAUCGGCGAGUACUUCAGCGCCAACCUGGAGUGGACGCGCAAGCGGGUGAAGUCAGACAGCGCGCGCGACCCGUACUGGCGCCAGGUGGGUCUGGUCCUUAGCCAGCUGGACGGCCUGCAGCAGGGCAUCAGCGAGAAGAUCCCCGGCGCGUCCGACAUGGCCGCCGUCUGGAUCAACGCCAUCCCUGAGGCGAUGGACCUGAUAGUCGGCCUGCCACUGCGCGAGAAGGCGAAUGCUGCGGCGGAGGUGGCGGAGGCGAAGCCGGCAGCGGUGGAGGAGCCGCUCACCGCUGGCGACCACUGCUCAGUCCUCGUGAAGCUUCUGCCGGAGAACACCGACCUGCUGGUGGGACACGCCACCUGGGUCGACUACAGCUUCAUGUCGCGCAUGGUAAAGCGCAUCACGCUGCCUUACAGCGCCGGCGGAGCCAACAGCACGCAGAAGGUGGCGGCACAAACGGUGGCGUUCUCCGCCUUCCCGGGCAGCAUUGCGUCACUCGACGACUUCCACCUGACGUCGGCGGGUCUGGUGACGACCGAGACGUCGCUCGACAACAUCAACAAGGACCUGUGGCAGUUCCUGUCGUCGCGCAACAGCGUCAUGGAGUGGGUCCGCGCCACGGUAGCCAACCGGCUGGCCUCCUCCGGUCAGGAGUGGCACAACAACUUCUCGCGCCACAACAGCGGCACCUACAACAACCAGUGGAUGGUGGUCGACUACAAGCGAUUCCAGCCGGGCCAGGCGGGCACCAGUCCCGGUCUGCUCUGGGUCACCGAGCAGAUGCCGGGCCUCGUGGUGGGCGACGACGUGACGCAGGUGUUGGCGCACGACGGCUACUGGGCCAGCUACAACCAGCCGUACUUUCCCAUCAUCGACGAAAUCAGCGGCAACAAGAUGCUGCGCGGCGAGAAAGGCGACUACUACAGCUACGCGCAGAACCCGCGCGCGCAGCUCUUCCGGCGCGAUCACGUACUUGUGGAGGACGUGGCGUCGGCGCUGCUCCUGAUGCGCUACAACAACUUCACCGAAGACCCGCUGUCGGCCUGCAACUGCAGCACCGGCUUCUCGGCCGACAACGCCAUCGCGUCGCGCCGCGACCUCAACGACCCGGCCGGAGAGUACCCGCUGAAGCGGCUCAGCUUCCAGGCGUACGGCGCCAUCGACGCCAAGGUGACGUCGUCGGCGCUGGCCGAGCGACUCGAAUUCGUCGCCGAGGCGGGGCCGACGCACGACCAGCAGCCAGCGUUCCAGUGGAGCAGCAGCCCGUUCGCGGAGACGGUGCGGCACCGCGGCAUGCCCGACCGCUGGGAGUUCGCGCCCAUCGACGUCAAGUGGAGCUGGCAGGGAGACGCGUGAACCGCCGCCAGCACCGCGGAGCCGACUGAGUCUCACUGGCGUCGGCUGGCCGACCGGGUCGGUAGCGUUGUUGGCCCUCUGCUGGGGACGACGCAGUUGUUUUAUUUGUUGUAGUGGUGCCAGUCAGUCACUGUGCGGGACAAAGGAUGAUCGAAUACACGGACCAGCCAUCUUCGA